CCCAGCCUGUCGGUUCCGCUUCCACCGCCUCUUCCCCUUCCUGCGAAGGCGGCCGCGAUGUCGGCGCUGGCGGCGAACCCCAACAACCCGGUGGUUUUCUUCGAUGUCACCAUCGGCGGGCAGGAGGUCGGCCGCAUGAAGAUCGAGCUGUUCGCCGAUGUUGUUCCCAAGACGGCGGAGAACUUCAGGCAGUUUUGUACAGGUGAAUUCAGGAAAGAUGGCGUCCCUAUAGGUUAUAAAGGAAGCACUUUCCACAGGGUAAUAAAGGAUUUCAUGAUCCAAGGAGGCGACUUCGUAAAUGGAGAUGGCACUGGAGUAGCCAGUAUAUACAGGGGUCCUUUUGCAGAUGAAAACUUCAAGCUGAAACACUCUGCUCCUGGCCUGCUCUCUAUGGCGAACAGUGGCCCGAGCACCAACGGCUGCCAGUUCUUCAUCACGUGCUCCAAGUGUGACUGGUUGGAUGGGAAGCACGUUGUGUUCGGUAAAAUCGUCGAUGGGCUGUUGGUCAUGAGAAAAAUUGAAAACGUGCCCACGGGUCCCAAUAACAAACCCAAGCUGCCAGUUGUGAUCUCUCAGUGUGGGGAAAUGUGAAGAGCGGUGCAAGAGCAAUGUGUGUUCCUUCACCAGUGGUUAGACCUGUGCAACUCCAACUCCAGCUGGCUCCCACGCUGCCCACAGGCCAGAUCCACGCUCUUGAUGUUCUCCUGAAAUGAUUUGACAGUGGGCAUCACAUAUUUUUAUUCUGUUCUUUCGCAUUUUGAAAUGUAAAUAAAGAAUUUUUUUUUUUAAAA